AUUCAGGGACUGCUGUUCCGCCUUGGUUACAGACCUGAGCUCCACUUCCACAUAUCCCGGAUUGAGCAACAGCAGCUACCUGUAGCGGUUAAAAGAUCAAGUUGCAAAGUUUCUUUCCCAAGUCGCGGGAGGGGGGGGAGAUCAACUUCCGGAUCCACUUCAGUCCCUCCCGGCACCAAACUGGCGAGAGACGGAUUGAAAAUUAAUCCCAGAACUGAAACUGUUCGCGGCCGAACGGACUUAUUCCACGUGUUUGUUUGAGCGAAAACGAGAACCGAUUUCGUUUAAGGACUGGACUUCUGCUGGCAGAAAGUUGGGGGGCUUUUGCGGAGUUACCGGCAGGUUUUCAGGAAGACCCGGGGGAUUCCUGCGGGCUGCUGAGGUGACAAAGGGAGCAGAAGCCGGGGACGCGCCUCUGCAGGGAUGGAGCUGCUCUGCCGGCUGCUCGCCUUCUGCUUGACUCUCGCGCUCUGCUUGGGGCGAACGGUGAAGGUUCCUGGAGGCCCCCUGGUCAGAGUGGAAGGGACAGAGGUCUCCAUCCCCUGUGAGGUGCAGGACUACGAAGGCCCUAGAGAGCAGGACUUCGACUGGCGAGUGAUCCGGGGGGACAGGUCUGUUCAGCUCAUCUCCACGUUGGAUUCAUCCUUCACAGACAGCUCCUUCAGGAGCCGAGUCAGUAGCAGAGAGGUCACCAUAGACCGGACCAGUGAAAACUCGGUCAGUCUCAGGAUUAGAAACGUCAAGCCAAGCGACAGCGCAGCGUAUGACUGCUUAACACCCAGCACUGAUUCCCAGCUGAGCGGAAACUACAAUGCGACUGUGCGACUAAUAGUAAUUCCAGACAGCCUUGUGGUAACCCCUCUUAACAACUCAAGCCAGGUUUCAGAGAGAGUAUCAGAAGGCAGGUCCUUCGAACUGCACUGCAGAGCCUCGGUGGACUUUGUGGAGCACACCUUCCUCUCCGUCAGCUGGGCGGUCAAGAGAGGCCCCUCUACAGAGAAGAUCCUCACUUACGGUCCGGGCGGAGUCGUGAGAGCCGAAAGCAGUUAUCGCCAGCGCUACGCGGAUGGAGGUUUGCGUCUAGACCUGCCCGGAGAUGGAGUGUAUAGCCUGAUAGUCUCCCACGCGCUGCCCUCGGAUGAAGGCCUGUACGUGUGCUCUGCUGCUGAGUGGGCAAGAGAUGAUGGGGAUACCUGGACGAGCAUUCAGGAGAAGCAGACUGAGCUGAAGGACGUGAAGGUGGCUCCAAUAGCGCAGUCUUUCCGGGUUUCGGCCGAGCACAAUGCCAGCCUCCGCGUGGGCGAGGCCCUCAGCCUGGCCUGCAGGGUGGCAGCCGACAGCUACGACCUGCUCGGGCUGGAGGUCGCGUGGUACGUGGGCUCUGCUCCUGGCGGCGGGCUGGACGGCGCCCGGCUGCUGGCCCACAUGAGCCGCGACUCGGUCACGAACGGGACCGCCGCCGCCAGCCUCAGCCGCGUCAGCUGGGACACGUUCCGGCUGGUCAUCCGCGACGUGGGCCGCGCGGACUCGGGGCACUACUUCUGCGUGGCGGCUGCCUGGGUGCAGCACGCCGGCGGGCGGUGGUACAGAGCGGCCGAGAGGAGCUCCAGCGCGGUGCAGGUGGCGGUGGCGCCGGAGGAACCCUCAUACAGUGUGAUCCUUAAGCCUGUCCUCAGCGCUGCGUUCUCGGAUGAGCCCACAGAGCUGGAGUGCACAGUUACAGACGUCGAGAGAGCCAGCGGAGUCCACAUGACCGUCGCCUGGUAUUUCGAGCAAGUGCUGCCUUCGGACGCGCCAUCUGACACCAGCAUGAUCGCCUUGGUGGACGAAAACUGGGACCUCCAGGCUGGGGACAAAUAUGAAGACCGCGUGAAGGCAGGGCUCAUAGUUCUCAGCAAGGUGAAGCCGGACACAUUCAAACUGCAGAUCCUCUCCACGCGGGACACGGACAGGGGGAGGUAUUUCUGCACAGUAACGGCGUGGUCGCGGACGGCACAGGGCGGCUGGACGAAGCGCAAGGCCGUGGAGUCUGGUCGAGUCCCAGUGACCUGGACACAGGAAAACCCAGUGCUGGUGGUGGUCGCCACCACCCCGAAGGCUUCCAGAGAUACCUUCGAGAUGGGCUGCCGAGUGACGGGCAAGAACCUGCAGACCCCCAGCUACUCUGCGCUCAUAAAGGUGGAGGAGUCCCUGGGGGGCAAGGUCCGGAAGGUCGUCUCUCUGAGUCGGGAUUCGGUGAUGCAACUGGAGGACGGGACCGACAAGGAGCGCCUGGACAGCGUGGUGCUGCUCAAAACCGGCCAGCAGGACUUCCGCUUCCGGAUGUACGGCACCCAGCUGUCGGACGCGGGAUUCUACUUCUGCGAGGCCACUGCCUGGACGCCCGACGCUGGGAGCACGUGGAGAGAGGCGGUCACAGCCGUUUCCAACAAAGUCCAAGUUUCUUUUGAGGACACGGGUCCAGCCUUCAACGUGUCGAUUCACACAGACACCUCGUCCGUGUUCCCUGGAGAGACUGCCAAAAUCCAGUGUGCUGUGACUGUCCUGGGGAUGGUUGCUAAAGCAGGUGACGUUUCCUUUGAGGUGAGGUGGUUCCUCGAGCGAUCUCGCACCACAGACACCGAGGACGUCCACUUCCUGGCCUCUGUGGACCGCUGGGGGGUGCUGAGGCAGGCCCAGAGGAACAGCAGCAGUGACUGCAGCCUGGAGAGGACGGACGCAAAGACUUAUCGCCUCAGCGUCCACAAUGUGCAGGACAGCGAUGGGGGAAACUACCACUGCACUGUCACGCCUUGGGUCAGAACCGCAGACGGAUCCUGGCAGAAGUCGAAGGACAUCAGCUCCUUGCCGGUCCUGCUGGUGGUGAAGUUCGCAAUCUGGGAGUCGAUGAAGCUGCCGCUGCUGUACGGAGUUGGCGCUGCGCUUGCUGUCGGCCUGCUGUCCAUGCUGAUUGGCUUUGUCAGCGCGCGCUGCUGCUUCAAGGAAGCCAGCGACAAGGACUCGCGGGCGACACGGCGGCUCAUGGCCAUGGAAAUGGACUGAGACGAGGACCUCGCAAGACACCCGCUUGUGGCUACCUUCUGAUGAGCCUAGCACGGUCUCAUUUCUUCCUACUCGGUCACUGUGGCAAGAAACAAGGGCCUUUUUUAAUACAGAAGCCAAGAAAAUAAAUUUUAUCAGUCCUUAGGGAUUGAUUUUUAAAACAAAAAUAAAAAAACCUCAGGUCCAGUUUUGACUAUUGCCUUGUGACUGCAUUAACGUAGACAAGAAUUAUAAAACAGAUUAACAAUAAUAUAUGAAACGCAAUACCACUUUUUUGAAAGGCUCAGUAAGGGCUUUUGUUUCCACCAUUGAUAAUUGCACUAUACUCAGGAAAGACGUCACCAAAUGAGCAGAAUACAUGUUAAACACUUCAGGUCCAAAUGGUCUGUGGUCAAAAGACUGCUUCAGCCCUUCAGUGUCUGAAAAGAGAAGCAUUUUGUGGCAGUAUUUCUAUCCUGCACUGUUAUUAAAAAUGAUGCAGUAGACCAGACCCGUAUCUGGGAUACAAGUGCAUGAACUGGCCUGUGAAUGCGAGCUGUGCUGCAGGCUUGUUACUGCAGGUGUAUGAACAUUAUGACCUAGGGGGAAAAUGUCAUAACACUUGGGCUUCACUUACAUAGACUUACUCGGUGAAGGGACAAAACCAUUUUAAGUAUUUUAAAAUGUUUAGUAUCCUAACUCUUACCUUCUUCUUUGAUUUGUUUUCUGUUUCUGUAAACUUCUUCUUCAGGUCUCUAGGAAAUACUUGUAGAGCUAAUCAGUGUCUUGACUAGUAGUCAUCUCUGUGCCUUAAGAAUGACUUAUAAGAUGAGUAAGGCUUUGAUGUGUUUUGAGAGGUUUUUUUAUAAUUGCUGCAUAUAAUAAGGGAACGGAUACUGUAUGUACUGUAAGACACAGGAGUUAAUUUAAGGAUUUCACUGUUGAGACAAUACGGUAAAACUUUGUUCAGGUUUAUUUUUUAAUGGUUAUGUGUAAGCUACUCAUUUUUUAACAAAAUGUACAACUUACUAAAAGGUGCACAUGUUGUGUGUGUGAAUUCUGCAUGGGUUCCAAAAUUGCAUUAACAGAUAUCAUAAACUUUCCCUUUUACCAACAGUGCAGAACAAAGAUUUUCUGGUUAAGUGAACAGCUGUUGCAAUUGUGUAUUAGCUGAGGGAGAUGAUCCAUCUGGACUUUGUAAACAGAAUUUUUAAGUGCAGAUUACACAUCUUGUGACUGAAGAACUGAAAAUGUACAGUACAGGAAGUUGAGGAAAGACAUUCCAAUGAAGGCAGUAGUAAGACUUUGGUCAUUUGUAUUUUGGAUUUGCAGAUAUAUGACCGCUGACUCAAUUAUAAUAGAAAAGGCCAAAGGUGUUUCUUAGAAUUGUUUAAGGAUGAGAGCGAAAUAUAGUUAAAGGUUUUAUAGAUGAAAAUGUUUUUAUAAAUUCUGCAACAGUUUAGCUAGUAUAUUAUAGUUUUCAGGGAAUGGUCUGAUUUAUACAUUGUCACUUUUUAAACUUUCAUACCAUGUUUCUAAACACUCAAAAAAUUGAAACAUUGAUGCCAUAAUAUUUUUUUUAUAAGCCGGAUAGGAUUCAGAAUACUAAGUUAUAUUUAUGAGGCCUUUUUAUCAUGAUGCUUUUGUAGGCACAAAGCCUGAAAUAUAUUUUUCUUACACUUAAAUAUUCAUUUGGGUCCUUUUUUAAUGUAUCAAUGUUACAUUGAAGACACUUGAGCUGCCUUCUUCAGUGGCUCCUAAGGAAGCAGUUUUAUUUGAAGGUAGAUGAACUGCACCUCUUCACUGUACAAAAGACAGGUUUUUUAUUAUUUCUUCAGUUCCUUAUAGUGGUUGUCGAUUGUUUUCCCACCAAAAAUGCACUCCCUGCUUUUUUCUUUGUCAUGGGAUCUGUGCUGUUCAAUGGAGAUUAUAGUAUUGUACACUGGCAUUCAGCUGCCAUUAAAACUUGUAGCUUAUGAAGCUUU